AACAAAUUCCGGGCUUCACUGUAUGUCGUGUUGUCAGCAGCAGCGACUUUAAACAGACGCGUCCACGGGUUAUGGCAGUGCGUCUGUAGUUCGUUCAAAAUCCUCGAUCACCGUUCCAGUCCCUUCCUUUACGCUUCGUACGUGACAUGUCUAUGAUGAUUGCCGCCAUGAACUACACACACGCCAUCUUGCUCCUGCUGAGCAACCCCGUGCUGGGCUGGGUGACUUGGCACGGCUCCACUCAGCGCGACGAUCUGAGCAACUUCGCCACCGUCGCCACACCGCACCAGCCGUUCGACCCAGACCAGAACAAGAUUCCAGAGAACCACACUGCCUCUCCUGCAGGACGAAUGUUCGAGAAUGAUGAUGAUGAUGAUGAUGAUGAUGAUGAUGAUGAAAACGACGAUGAAGACAAUAAUUGCGAUUUUAUUCCAGGAGCGUGUCUUGAGAUUGAGGCGCGUGGUUUAGGAAGAUUGCAAAUACCUAUUGCCUCCUAUCUCGGCUGA